GCAGGGAAGGGGCUGGCCUGCCCUUUCUCCGCCCGUCCCCCGAGCCACAGCCCCUUCGAUCCCGCCCCUCUGUUUAACUCCGGGGCUGGUUGCCCUGGCGGGGCCAGAGCCAAGGCAGCGAUCUCUGCCGCCCUCCCCGCCGACGAGGCAGUCGAGGGACCUGGAGAGGGUCCCGGAGACCGGCGGCUGCGGAGCUGGGAGGAGCUUCCCAGAAUCGGGAAGCUGCGAUUUUUAUUCCAGUUGUUCGGGAAAGGUUAUGCCCUGCGCUUGCAUGAGCUCCAGAUGCUGACCAAGGCCAAGUAUGGUCCAAUGUGGACAUCCUCCUUAGACUCUAAGCUCCUAGUGAACCUGGCCAGUGCCCCACUCUUGGAGCAAGUGAUGCGGCAGGAGGAGAAGUACCCUGUACGGGACAGCAUGGAGAUAUGGAAGGCGCACCGGGAUCAUCAGAACCUGGCAUACGGGCCCUUCACCACGGAGGGACACCAGUGGUACCAGUUGCGCCAGGCUCUGAACCAGCGGAUGCUGAAGCCAGCUGAGGCUGCGCUCUACACGAAUGCUUUAAAUGAGGUGAUUGAUGACUUCAUUGUUCAGCUGGACCAGAUCCGGGCAGAAAGCGCCUCCGGUGACCAGGUGUCAGACAUGGCUCACUUCUUUUACCACUUCGCCUUGGAAGCUAUCUGCUACAUCCUGUUCGAGAAGCGGAUUGGUUGCCUGGAGUCCUCCAUCCCUGAGGACACUGUGAACUUCAUCAAAUCUGUUGGCAUUAUGUUCCAGAACUCAAUCUAUGUCACUUUCCUCCCUAAGUGGACCCGUCCCCUGCUGCCCUUCUGGAGGCGAUACCUGGAUGGCUGGGAUACCAUCUUCCUCUUUGGGAAAAAAUUGAUUGAUCAGAAAGUAAAGGAGGUGGAGGCCCAACUACAGACAGCGGGACCAGAUGGGGUCCAGAUAUCCGGCUACCUGCACUUCCUGCUGACUAGUGGGCUGCUCAGUUCCUAUGAGGCCAUGGGCAGCCUGCCUGAGCUGCUUUUGGCUGGCGUGGACACGACAUCCAACACGCUGUCAUGGGCCCUAUACCACCUUUCAAAGAACCCAGAGAUCCAGGAAGCCUUGCAUAAGCAAGUGGUGGACGUGGUACCCCUGGGGCAGGUGCCCCAACACAAGGACUUCGCCCACAUGCCCCUGCUCAAAGCCGUGAUUAAGGAAACCCUGCGCCUCUACCCUGUGGUCCCCUCAAACUCACGGAUCGUCAUGGAAAAGGAAGUUAAAGUUGGUGGCUAUGUAUUCCCUAAGAAUACCCAGUUUGUGUUUUGCCACUAUGUGAUAUCCCGGGACCCCAGCAUCUUUCCUGAUCCUGAAAGCUUCCAGCCUCAGCGCUGGCUUAGGGAGAGCAAGACUGAUACUCCUAGGGUCCAACACCCAUUUGGCUCUGUGCCCUUCGGCUAUGGUGUCCGAAGCUGCCUGGGCCGCAGGAUUGCAGAGCUGGAGAUGCAGCUGCUGCUGACGAGGCUGAUACAGCAGUAUGAGGUGGUCCUGGCCCCUGAGACAAAGGAGUUGAAGGCGGUGGGCCGCAUCGUCCUGGUUCCCAAUAAGAAGGUGGGCCUGCGUUUCCUACGGAGGCAACACUGAGCUGGGCCCCUGCUUCUUUGGCACUUGCCCCAGAGUCCCCAGCCCUGGCUUGGCAGUUGCCGGCUAUAGACAUGGUUCAGAUGAGGGAAGGAAGACCGGACAGGCUGGAGGAACUCACUGCCCUUCCCACAGCACCUGAGCUUUCCCCACAUUUAUCGUUUCAACAGCAGAUCAAGCUAUUCCUAGCACCUUACUAUUAUUGGAUAUGACACAAAGUAAAAGAUCUACUAAUUGUG